AUGACGAAUUCGACAAAGGCCGCCCUCAAAGAAAAAGAGCUUGAUACGGCGAGGUGCAAAGGAAACUGGAAUGAGAUUCCUGAACUCGCGCGCAAGUAUAAAAAGCAUAAUCCAGACGGAGUAGUAUUGGAACAGACGGCACUGGCAGAAUAUGAACUAGUUCAAGCAAUUCAGAAAAAGGAAAAACAAGCAAAAUUCUCUCUUUCUGCCUACGACGGCGAUGGCCCAGACUAUAUAACGCUGCCUCCUAUUAUUGACGAGAGCGAGAUUACUGAUGGUGUAUUUGGCAGACUCGAAAAUGCCAAAGCUAGAAUUGACGAUGCUAACAAAGAUUAUACCUUUACAGUGCUUGGUCGCGCUUUGUUUGUGGUUGGAAAGUACAAGGAAUGUUUAGAAACUUUGAAUGCUCUGCGAACGGCGCUCGAAUUAACUGGCGAUGCUGAAGGUGCCGUUAAAUGCUACAAUGAAGUUGCUCAUCAGUUGGCUCAACAACCAGGCGAGAAAUGCGAUCAAGCAAUGUAUUGGGCGGAGGAGGCGUUAUAUCGAUCUUCAUUGCUUAAUGUGAGACACGGAAAUGUCAGCGCUGCACUUCGAUCUUUUCGUACUUACCAGGUUUAUGCCGCCACGUGGAGUACGUUUAGGAUCAACAAAAGAGCUGUUAUAUUUAGACAUUUUAUAAAGUUUCUCUCAAAUAUCUAUAAUGCAAAUGAAUAUGUCCCCCCAAGUGAUGAUUAUCCAUCCGUCGGAUCAAACGACCAGCAAAAUUCAUCUGCUCCGCGCACAUUCCGUCAAGAAUUGACCGAACUGCAUUCGCUUUACGAAAAUGUUCUUUAUCAAAUAGUCAAAUUUCCUCAAGCAGGAGAAGUCAACUGGAGAGUACUCGAAAUGGUGGAUCAGAUAAUCUCAGACUGGAUUCUGUUGGGGGGUGGAACCAUAUUGGAAAUUCGAGGAGUUGUCGAGAUGCUGUAUCGAGCAGCGAAGAAAACCUUCCACUCACCCCUAAUUAUGCGGCAUUUGGUUAAUUCUUUAAUUGCAUUGGGUGAAUACGAUGAGGCAGCUUUGGCACUUGAUGCGUAUAUUGCAUUGGUGGAAAAGGCCAAAGAGACUCAAAGAGAAGAUAUGGAGCGUAAACUACAUCAUGCAGAAUCUUCAGCAAAAAAGUUCUGUGAAAUUGAAGAUGCAAGCAAUGUCAUUCAGACAGUAUUGAGGGGGGUUUACCUAAUGGCAAAAUAUCUCAAUAAGCCAAAGGAAGCACUGCAAUAUGCGCAAAAGGCUGUAGAGAUUUCUGAAGAAACAUCCACAACAGAUGAUGAGCUUUUGGCAUAUGUAUGGAGGUGUGUUGGCGUUGCUCACAGCGUAGCUGCUCGCGAAGAACUUGACCCCGAUAAGAGACCUGGCCUCCACGAAGAGGCAAUAUCCGCACUCCAAAAAUCAAUAGAGUUGGACCCAGAGUCUGUCGAGGCGUUAUAUCAAUUAGCACUAGAAUGUGCCAUAACACGUGAUAUUAGACUAACAAUCUCCACCAUCGAAAAGGCUUUACGCAUCGAUGACAAGAACAUUCCAUGUUGGCAUCUUUUGGCACUUUCGUUCUCUGCACAAAAAGAUAUUCAGAGUGCACUAACGGCAUGCGAGCUUGGUGUCAAAGAUUCCGAAUGGGAAACGACCGAUUCCCCUGCAGAGAUCUUGAUUGGCGCAGGAAAUGACGACGGAGAAGAAUUCUUUAGUUUUAAAAUGACUCAAAAUACAUUGCAAGAACUCGUGAAUGGACCGGAUGCGGCUUUACAGAAUCGUGAGAGUUUGUUUACGUUAUAUGGAAGGGUGUUUCCUGAUGGCGGCAUUUCCCCUUAUGAAACUAGCAGUAUUCGCAAACGUGAUAUGAAUGAAGACACAAUUAAUUCAUCGAUGAAGCCUCCGGGGAGUACGCGUAGCGCUCGCAGUUAUUCGAAUAGCAGAAGAGAAGUCACUGAUGAUACGGUGUUAUCUGUGACAAAUCGAGAUAAAUUAGACGUUCCAAAGACAACUUACGCAACCUCCAUCUCAUCAAAAAAUUCCGCUGGAUCAGGUAUUGGUCAGAGCCCCACUCCAACUAUAAGUGGCAUUGUUUCCGCAAAAUCUGUCGUGGGCUCUAGCUCUACCUCUCGUCCAACAGCAAGAAUACGUCAACGACGGCAAAGAUCGGCUAAAGAGCUGGUCACGCUGUGGUUGUCGACGGCUUCAUCGUUUAGAAGGCAAGAUGAUCUCGGAGAAACACUAAAGGCCAUACAGAACGCUGAAGAGAUCGAUGGUGCAAACCCAGACGUUUGGUGUCAAUUUGGCCUCCUUCAAUUCGCUCAAGAAAAUUAUGACAAGGCUAUUUCUGCCUUUCAUAAAGCUAUUUCAAUAGAUCCACAGCAUGUCCCAAGCUUGGUGCACCUAGGCAGAACGUAUAUCCAAACGGGCAACAUUGAAAUGGCAGAGGGUGUGCUCGACAGUGUAACCAAAGGGAAUGGGUGGGACUGCGCAGAAGCAUGGUAUUUCCUUGGCAAUGUCUUUGAGACAACAAACCGCAUCGAGCGUGCCAAAAAGUGCUUAUGGUACGCUCUAGACUUGGAAUCAACCAAACCCGUCAGACCGUUUAGCGUUUUACCCAAAUGUCUUUGA